CCGCCCCUUCCGCCGCUCGCGCACGCGCACCGCCGGGCCUCGGCGCCCCAGGGUUGGCUGCGGCAGGGUACCGCGGCGGCGGCGGCCUCAAGAGCGGCAGUGGUUUCUCCUCGGCUUUAUUAGUUUCCUCCGCCCCCUCCCGUCGGACGCUGUCGUGUGGUCGCCUUACAAAAAUCAACUUUAUUGUUCCUCAGCCCCACCUCCGGCGCGGCGCGCGUCCUCAGGAUGCACUGAGCGGAGGCAGGGGAGGCGGCGGCGGCGGGUCGCGGUCCCUCUCCUCCGAGCGCCCCGCCGGAGGGGAGGGAGUCACGAUGUCUGGUAGCCGCCAGGCCGGGUCGGGCUCCGCCGGGACCAGCCCUGGCUCCUCGGCGGCCUCCUCGGUGACUUCCGCCUCCUCGUCCUUAUCCUCUUCCCCGUCGCCCCCUUCCGUGGUGGCGGCUUCGGCGUCGGCGCUGGGGUCCGGCGGGGCAGCCCAGGCCGCGGGCUCCGGCGGCCUCGGGGGCCCGGUGCGGCCUGUGUUGGUGGCGCCCGCUGUGUCCGGCAGCGGCAGAGGGAGCGGCGGUGGGGUGGUGUCCGCGGGCCUGUCCCGGCUCAGCUGCGCGCCCAGGCCCAGCGCCGGCGGAGGAGGGAGCAGUUCCAGCCUCGGCAGCGGCAGCAGGAAGCGACCUCUGCUCGCCCCUCUCUGCAACGGGCUCAUCAACUCGUACGAGGACAAAAGCAACGACUUCGUAUGCCCUAUCUGCUUUGAUAUGAUUGAGGAAGCAUACAUGACGAAAUGUGGCCACAGCUUUUGCUACAAGUGUAUUCAUCAGAGUUUGGAGGACAAUAAUAGAUGUCCCAAGUGUAACUAUGUUGUGGAUAAUAUUGACCAUCUGUAUCCUAAUUUCUUGGUGAAUGAGCUCAUUCUCAAACAGAAGCAAAGGUUUGAGGAAAAGAGGUUCAAAUUGGACCACUCAAAUGGCCACAGGUGGCAAAUAUUUCAGGAUUUACUGGGAACUGACCAAGAUAACCUUGAUUUGGCCAAUGUCAACCUCAUGUUGGAAUUACUAGUACAGAAGAAGAAACAACUGGAAGCAGAAUCACAUGCAGCCCAACUACAGAUCCUUAUGGAAUUCCUCAAGGUUGCAAGAAGAAAUAAGAGAGAGCAACUGGAACAGAUCCAGAAGGAGCUCAGUGUUUUAGAAGAGGAUAUUAAAAGAGUGGAAGAAAUGAGUGGCUUAUACUCUCCUGUCAGUGAAGAUAGCACAGUGCCUCAAUGUGAAGCUCCUUCUCCAUCACACAGUAGUAUUAUUGAUUCCACAGAAUACAGCCAACCUCCAGGUUUCGGUGGCAGUUCUCAGACAAAGAAACAGCCUUGGUAUAACAGCACAUUAGCAUCAAGACGGAAACGACUCACUGCUCAUUUUGAAGACUUAGAGCAAUGUUACUUUUCUACAAGGAUGUCUCGUAUCUCAGAUGACAGUCGAACAGCAAGCCAGUUGGAUGAAUUUCAGGAAUGCUUGUCCAAGUUUACUCGAUAUAAUUCAGUACGACCUUUGGCUACAUUGUCAUAUGCUAGUGAUCUCUAUAAUGGUUCCAGCAUAGUCUCUAGUAUUGAAUUUGACCGGGAUUGUGACUAUUUUGCGAUUGCUGGGGUUACAAAGAAAAUUAAAGUCUAUGAAUAUGGAACAGUCAUUCAGGAUGCGGUGGAUAUUCAUUACCCUGAAAAUGAAAUGACCUGCAAUUCCAAAAUCAGCUGUAUCAGUUGGAGUAGUUAUCAUAAGAACCUGUUAGCCAGCAGUGACUAUGAAGGCACUGUCAUCCUAUGGGAUGGGUUCACAGGACAGAGGUCAAAGGUCUAUCAGGAGCAUGAGAAGAGGUGUUGGAGUGUCGAUUUUAAUUUGAUGGAUCCUAAACUCUUGGCUUCGGGUUCUGAUGAUGCAAAAGUGAAGCUGUGGUCUACCAACCUAGACAACUCAGUAGCAAGCAUUGAGGCGAAGGCCAAUGUGUGUUGUGUUAAAUUCAGCCCCUCUUCUAGAUACCAUUUGGCUUUCGGCUGUGCAGAUCACUGUGUCCACUACUAUGAUCUUCGUAACACUAAACAGCCCAUCAUGGUGUUCAAAGGACAUCGCAAAGCAGUUUCUUAUGCAAAGUUUGUGAGUGGUGAGGAAAUUGUCUCUGCCUCAACGGACAGUCAGCUAAAGCUGUGGAAUGUAGGAAAACCGUACUGUCUACGUUCCUUCAAGGGUCAUAUCAAUGAAAAAAACUUUGUAGGCCUCGCUUCCAACGGAGAUUACAUUGCUUGUGGAAGCGAAAACAACUCUCUUUACCUGUACUAUAAAGGACUUUCUAAGACUUUGCUAACUUUUAAGUUUGAUACAGUCAAAAGUGUUCUGGACAAAGACCGAAAAGAAGAUGAUACAAAUGAAUUUGUUAGCGCUGUGUGCUGGAGGGCACUGCCAGAUGGGGAGUCCAAUGUGCUGAUUGCUGCCAACAGUCAGGGUACAAUUAAGGUGCUGGAGUUGGUAUGAAGGGUUUACGCGGUUAAAUUGUACUUGAUCCUCCUGACAUACAUCUGCAGCUGACAAUGAGAGAAGACAGAACUGUCAUAUCAUGUCUCUCCCCAAAGUCAUCAUGGGCUCUGGAUUGCUUUUGAGUAUUUUUUCUUCUACUUUUUUUCCUCCUUUAUGACCUUCGGGACAUUGAGAAUACCCAGUGGACUCUCCACCAUCGAUGUAACUUUAUGGACUUUGCUGCUGUUGGUGGUGUGGUUAUCUAAUUUUUGUGAUAGGGAAACAAAUUCUUUUGAAAUAAAAAUAAAUAACAAAAAAUAAUAAAAGUUUAUUGAGCCACAGUUGAGCUGGGAAAGUUUUUGUCAAAUGUGGCAAGAGAUGAUAAUCUUUUCAAGAAGUAGCACACAUGAACUGUAGAAUAAUGUCCCAGUGAAUCCUUUUUAAGGUCCAUGUUUCCUGACCUCUUUGGAAUUAUGCAUGUCAAUGUAAAUAUAAAAGUAUACAGCUUCCUUUCAGUGAAUUUAAUGUUUACAGUAGGUGGUGGGAAGAUUAAUAACUUUACCUUAUGCAUUAUUUUCUUCAUUCUCUGACCAGAUUUAUAUCAUCAGCAAGUACUAUACUCCUCAGUCCCCCUGGAUCUGACCAAGGAUCUAAAAUUUUGGCUCAUUGAGACCACAUUCAAACAGAAAGGGAAUGUCAAUCUGUGACACGUAUCUCUGUCUUUGCCUUUGAAAUGUCACCUAUACAUACCAUAAGCCCUAAGUGCAGGCAAACCAACUUAUUUUAUAAAAUCUUAGCUAUCAGGUAUCAUAGCUACUAGUACCAUCUGGACUGAACAUAGACUUAGAGCGCGGGUCAGCAAACUUUUUCUGUAAAGGGCCAGAUAGUAAAUAUUUUAGGCUUUGCAGGUCAUGUGGUUUCUGAUGCAACUACACACCUCUGGUAGCAGAAAAGCAGCAACAGACCAUAUGGAAACAUAUGGGUAUAGCUGUGAAACAGGUAGAGGAAAGUAAUUUGAAGCCCAGUCCCCCAAAUUUCCAAGCCAUCUAAUCUCUUAGACUGUCUGAUUUUCAGUUUGUAAAAGGAAGGAAGUUACUAGUUAAAGUAGUAGGUCAAGCAAAGGUAAUGAGAUGCUUUCUGUUUGAGCUACUUGAAAAGUCUGAACACUUUUUAGAAAGAGAUGUAAACGGAAUUAUACUUCGCACAUAUUAUAUAAAAAAUACACUUGGAGAAGCUUGGUUUGAAUAAGUAUAGAAAUGAUAUAGGUUAUGUAAAACCUUCCCAACAGUCUGGAACAAUACUUUUAUUAUCAAACACAUUAAUAUUUCUGCAGUAAAAUGUAUGAAUGUUCGUAUUAUAUGGGAUUAAUGAAGGCUAAAAUUAGUCUUGUGUCAGUUUAGGUCAGUUUUUAUCAUCAAAUGAGUUUGCCUCAAACUUAGGUGGAAUUCUUUAGUUUUCAGCUUUAAGACAUUUAUAUCGUACUUCUGGAAGUUAAGAACCGGAUAAACUUUUGGAUUCGGUUCUGAGAGAAAAGGUCACUGUCAUUCAAAAGUUACACCUGUCAUCAACCAGAACAAUGUUAGUUGGCCUUCGUUUCCAAGAAUAAUGAAUGACCUUUUGCAAAAGUGUAUAAAGGAAUAUUCAGAUGUAGAUUCUUCACUUAAAGAACUUCACUUAGGCAGAUAUGUCUAGAAAAUCAUCAAAGUAGGAAGCAGAGAAUUGAUGCCUCUUUGAAUGUCUUUAAAUAGAAGCAGAUUAUUAUGGUUUUUGAUUUGAUCUAAUUUUUUUAUAUAUUUUAUUUCAAGCUGUCACCAUUAUAGUGUCAUGUUAAUUUUCAUAUGUUUGCAAGGAUGUAGUAAGUUACCCUUAGUUAUCAAAGGGACUCAAUUUUUAAUGAAUUAUUAUUUUAAAAAGGCAGUGCUUUAUUUAUAUUUGUGUUUGAAGUAUUUUUCUUGUAAAUAGUAAGAAACCAUUUUAAAAUUUGGGUUAGUCUAUGCAGUAUGUCAACAUCAAACUAAUAUUACUAUUCCUUGGAAAAAUAACAAUAGUUAAAUGAAACAUGAAGAUAAUGUACAUUUUAAUACUGGAAGAACUUAAGAAGAAUAGGGGUUUUCGUGUUUCAGUCUAAUCUUUAUUUCAGUGGAUUUGUAGAGGUUUCUGAGACAAAGUAGCCUUUGUUCUCAGGCACACAACUCAUGCAUAAGAAACAUUAAAGAUUGAGCUUUGUAAAGUUCUUGUAAGAUUGAAUUACUAGAAUCAAAAAAUGCAUGGGACCAAGCCUGAGCUUCAGAAAGAUGAGCUUGGCUGGACCAUCAGGAGGCAAGGAAGAGACGAGUAUAGGAUGAGUUUGAAGAGGUAGAGGAGCCCAAUAGAUAAGUGGAGCCUUUUAGGGCAUGGUUGAGAAUUUGAAUUUUGUUUUGAAAGCAGUUAAAAUAGGGGUGAAGUGGAAUGAUAUGAUUUCGUUUGUUGUGAGUGGAUAGAUGGGGUCAAGAGUACAAUUAGGAAGGUGAUCAGUCAGGAGUUAAUGGUGGCUUGGCCUAGGGUGGUGGCGUGAUCCAACCUAAAAACCUGUUUCAGAUUAAUAGAGUUUACCGCAGUCUGGAUUCCUGUACCUUGAAAGUUUCUUGAUUAAUUUUUAAAAUCAUUUUCUCCUACGUUGUAACAACAAAGAAUACAACUCAGCCAAUCUAUUUCUUCAAUAAGGUUAUACAAUCCUCAACCAGCGGUAAGUCACUUGGGAACCUCAUGACCAAAACGUGUAUGUGCUGUUUUGGGGACUCCACUUCUCUUAAGCUCAGCAGUACUAAAAGCUACUUAGCCUUUGGUUCUAAAUGUAAAGGCAGUGAGUCUUUGCCCUUAAUGUAAUUAUGCAAAUAUAACGGAUUAAUAGUCAGGAAACGGGCUUUCUUAGAAAUGAGCCUGUUGUGUUGCAUGACUCAUAUAAUAGUAGCACCGUGUAGUUCCUCCCAGAGCAGUUACUUACCAGCUUCUGUGUGGCUUCUGCGUAAUAUGUUAGGUACUCCUGGGUGUGGGGACUAAAGAGAAAAACCAUAAUGAUCAUUCUAGAAAUAUUUGCUGAGCUCCUGCUUUGUGCAAGCGAGAUACUAUGUACUACAUGAUACUACAUACUUUCUAACAUAAAUAAGGUAUAAUUCCUACCCGCAAGCUUUUUGUCCAGUGGGAGAGACAGAUAAGUAUACAGUAUACACAUACUAUAGUAGACGUAAAUUAUAGCUAUACUAGAGAUUAAAGACUGGGAGGAGGGCGGUUACCAGGAAUUUUUUCCCUGGUAACAGCUGAAUCCUGAAAAGCAGGUAAGAGUUAAGCUAUAGAAGGCAAAGGGAAACAAACAAGAAGAUACGAGUAGCUCCUACUGACCAAACUUGGAACAAUUUGAGCAACAUAAUAAAUAAGCAUUGGAUUAUACAUUACAACCCAAAAUAUAAAAUCAAUACCCAUGAGUCCAUACUGAUAUAAAUGAUUGAAGAAAUAAAUAAAUGGAAAGAAGAAAUAAAUUUCCCAUACAAAAUACCAAAUUAGGUAGGUCCUUCACCCUCAGGGAGAUGGAACAUAAUUCCCCACUACUUAAGUAUGCACUGUACAUAGGGACUUCCUUCCAAAGCGUAUUGUCAGAGAGCAAAAAAAGUAAUUUAACAGUGGAGAAAUCUGACAUUACCGUAGCCAGGUGAUCAAGGUCAAUAUCAAACGGUAUAAGUCAUAUUGUUAAUGGUAUUUACCCUUGAUAAUGUAAUGAAAAUGGUACUUUAACUGUGUGGUCUUCCUCCCCAAAAUUCUUAACUCCAGUCUAAAUGAGCAAAAUAUCAGAUAAAUCCCUACUGAGGAACAUCCUACUAAAUAGCUGACCAGACUCCUCAAAACCAUCAAGGUCAUCAAAACAGAGAAAGUUGCAGCCAUGAAGAGCCUUAAAAGACAUGACCAAAUAUAAUUUGAUAUCCUGUGUGGGAUCCUGAAGCAGAAAAGGACACUACAUGAAAUCUAAGGAAGUCUGAAUAAAGUAUGGACUUCAGUGGAUAUUAAUGUAUCAGUAUUGAUUCAUUAAUUGUAACAGAUGUACCAUACUAAUAGAAAAUGUUAAUAAUAGGGGAAAUUGGGUGUAGGAUAUAUGGGAACUCUUGAUUUCUUGACAAUUCUUCUGCAAGCCUAAAAAAAUCUAAAAUUUUAUCAAAAGUAAAUAAAAUGUAUGAGGAUAGAUCCAGUAUAUACUAAACAAAGUGCAAGCUGAAGCUAGAGAAGUACACAGAAUAAAUCACAAUCAUCUGUCCCACUUAUCACUUAAAAAGAGGCAACAUAUGGAGUUUAGAGGAGUUUUAAGUUAUAACUCAACUUUGUCACCAAGAAAUUGUAUCCCUUUGCGAGAGAUAGUAAGCCUCUGUACUCCAUAUUUAUCUAAAUUCUACUUAUUGAGAACGAUACUCUCCUCUCUGUUAAUAAAUAAGAUUAUACGAUACAAAGUCCGUAGUCAUUCUUGUGAUUUAGUCACUCAGAUACCUGAGUGCCAGCAAUUACUUGUUUCUUCUUUUUACCUGAGAUCAUUACAGCUUCUCACUAGGACAAUCAAGAAAUCUUUUCAUUUGUGCAUGGUUUUAAUUUGUUCUUGUUUCUCUGUGACUUAUUUGUCCUUGAUGAGUUGUAGAAGCAAACGUAGAAGUGCCCAAGUUCUGAGGGAGCUCUUGGGUUGGAAGUGGGUAAGGACUGUCAUGAAUUCUAAGUUCAGGUUCCCCAAAAUGGUACGAGUCUAGGUUAACCGAGUGUGGUGUAAUAUUUGCAAUCUCUCUGAGGUUGGUUUUACGGAUUUUCCUAGAUGCACUGCUUUUGCCCUGCUGUCAGUCUGUGACCAGAGAGAGGUUUAAGUCUUUUGGAAGAACCACAUAAAAAAAAUAGUCUUCAGGAUUUUCAAGAGAAAGAAUCAAGGCAAACAUAAGUAAUUGCAUACUUCUAUACCCAAAAUAUAAAGGUUCAUCUUUAGUUUUAUGUACCAGAAAAAAUGUUUUAUCCCAGAAACCUUUUUGUAAGAGCGUUUCAGUGGAAUAGCAGCCUGAUGAUAACUCAGUUCACUUCCCUGGUUGGGAUCCUCAGCGAGUGAUCUGUAAUGGAUGGAUGUGGGCUGUUGCGAAAGGAAUGAACGAAUUAAAUUUGUAUAAUCAAUGGCAUAUGGUGGCUCUAUUUUCAACAAAAAAGUGCCUAUUAAUGAGAUAGUUCUUCUAGGCUAGGUAGGGGUCAGGAGACUUUUUCUGUAAGGGGCCAGAUAGAGGAAAUAGUUGAGACUUUGUGAUCCAUAUGGUCUGUCACAACUACUUAACUCUGCCGUUGUAGCCGGUGGAAGCGACCUUAGACAAAAUGUAAACAAAUGAGUGUGGCUGAGUCCCAAUGAAACUUUACGAGUGGACACUGAAAUCUCAAUUUCAUUUAAUUAUCAUGUUUCACAGUAUUUUUUUUAAAUUACUUUCCAAGCUUUUAAAAAUGUAAAACCAUUCAUUGCUGAUGAGCCAUACAAAAAAAAAAAUGUUCCCAGGAUGGAUUUGCCUGGCAGGCCAUAGUUUGCUGACCUCUAGUCUAUGUGUUCACCAUACAGGAGUGGCAGGAAAAAGAGAAAAACCAUGAAAAGCCCAAUCUUUCCUGCGCAUGCAGUGGCUAAAGUAUUUUUGCGACAAUGGCGUUCUCUUUCUAUAACGGAGUGUGUCUACCACAGGAACCUGAGAGGCCGUUUUGGAGGGUACACCACAUGAUGCAAAGUUUUUUGUUGUGGCAUUGUAAAGCAGUUUCCACCUGGGUGCACACAAGCAGUGUUGAUGUAUGUUGGUAUGUGCAUUUUCAGAGAACCAAGGAACACUCUUUUUCUGUUAAAGCUCAGUAAACAGUGAGCCAUUUAGACAUUUUAUUCAGUGGAAUAUGAAGAUCUCUGCAAUGCUCUGAAAAGUUUGUGCUUAAGGGAGCCUGUUGAGUGUGGAAAAGCAGGUAGGCUUUUUUACAGGGGUGGCUUUUUUCCUUUUCUGGUUCUUUCAUCCUGAGCUAUUGAAAUUUCCUUUCGGAAUAUAAAAGAAGCUUCUCAAGCCCACAGCACUUACAUGAAGACUUGGAACCCGACUGAUGUUUUCUUGGAAUGACUCAGUUUCUUAUAAGUGUGCAUACG